AUGGGUACAAUUGGAAGUUUUGGUGGCAUUGCAUAUGAAAAGUACCUGGCACAGUACCCUGUUGAACUCGCCGUCUCUACAAAGCUAUGGACUCUUGGAGAGAAUGAUUUUAAGGUGUCUGACAUUAAUGGCACCCUCAUCUUCCAGGUCAAGAGUAAACUCUUAACCCUGCAUGAUCGUCGUUUUCUGAAAGAUGCAGCCGGUAACACCCUUGUCAAUCUCAGGCAGAAGAUAAGGACCAUGCAUCGGAGGUGGGAAGCUUUUAGAGGAGAAAGCAAGGAGGAGAAAGAUUUGCUUUUCACAGCCAAGAAAUCAAAGCUGUUCCAAUUCAAAACUGAGUUAGACGUAUUCUUGGCUAACAACAAAGGAGAGGUCCCUGAUUUCAAGGUCAAAGGAGGGUACGGCGAGAGUUCCUGCUCUAUACUUCUUGGAGAUUCCAAUGCCAUGCUUGCACAAAUGCAUAGAUUACACUCUCUCACGACAAUGAUCUUGGAUACAGAUAGUUUUGGAGUGACUGUUUAUCCUAAUGUUGAUUAUGCCUUCAUAGUAGCUCUUGUGGUGAUUCUCGAUGAGAUCAAUGCGGACCGUAGUGGCGAAGAUUAAAUACAGCUUUUGUUUUAUUUCACGAGACGUUUUCAAGUUGUAUUGCUUUUUUAUUGUAAGAAUAAAUACAAUGCAUUCUUUAUUGCUUUUUCCUAAUGUAAAAUGUAUGCUUUGUGGAUGACAUAAAGCGUAAAAUAUAUAA